AUGUCUUUCUUUCUAAAACGCACCCUUGGUGCAGGACGUAACCUAAGUCGGGCAAUUUUAAAUACUAACCAAUACCCUGGUCUCCAACUUGUAGCAUCAAAAGCUGACCAAGUUCAACCUCAAGUUGAAACUCGACCGACAGUUGCCAAAUUUGAUCCGCUGCAAAAAGCUCACCUCGUAGAUUUCGGCAAAUAUGUAGCUGAAUGCCUGCCUAAGUUCGUGCAGAAAGUUCAAAUUACAGCAGGCAACGAACUCGAAGUUCUGGUGCCGACAGAUGGUGUCAUCCCUGUGCUUCAAUUCCUUAAGGAUCAUCACAAUGCGCAGUUCGCAAGUCUCGUGGAUAUUGGUGGCAUGGAUGUGCCCAGCCGACCUUAUAGGUUCGAGAUUAUCUACAACCUUCUGUCACUGCGUUACAAUGCUCGAAUUCGUGUGAAAACUUACACUGAUGAACUGACACCCAUCGACUCAGCUUGCGAAGUGUUCAAGGCUGCCAACUGGUAUGAGAGAGAGAUCUGGGACAUGUACGGUGUCUUCUUUGCUAAUCACCCCGACUUGAGAAGAAUUUUAACUGACUACGGAUUUGAGGGUCAUCCAUUCAGAAAGGACUUUCCUCUCAGUGGUUAUGUAGAGGUGCGUUACGAUGAUGAACAGAAAAGGGUUGUUGUUGAACCAUUGGAGCUGGCGCAGGAGUUUAGACGCUUUGAGUUAAGUGCACCCUGGGAACAGUUCCCAAACUUCAGAGGAAAUCCUGUGUCUGAGGAUGUGGUGGAUAAAACUGAUGACCAACCCAAGAAAGAAUGA